AUGUCGGACAGCACCCCAAUCGUCCUGCCUAAUUUUGCUAAGAUCGUACAGGGCCCCACGCUCAUUGGGCUGUUCUUCAACCUCAUAUUGUAUGGAACUUUUCUGUCGCAGGCGCAUUAUUAUUUCAGUACAUUUAAGAGGGAUCAGAGAUGGUUCAAAAUAUAUAUCACCGUAUUAGUCUUUCUAGAGACAAUAAAUUCGGUGUUCGCGAUGUUCUAUAGUUACGACCGGCUCGUGAAUAACUUCGGAAAUCAGCUUGCCCAAGCCAUCUCCAAUUGGGCCUUUGGAAUUGGCCCCCUCACCAAUGGUGUAAUCGGAAUGACAGUCCAGAUAUUUUUCGCCUGGCGAGUCAAAGUGCUCACGCAUAGUCUGUGGGCGAUGGUUGGCAUCAGCUUCCUAGCUGUUGUCUCGUGUCUUUGUGCCGUCACUAUCUUCUUCGUGGCUACGAUCCUUGUGCUCAGUCCCACGGUGUCGGCCGCAAAUUUUCAGCCUGUCGUCAUCGUCUGGUUGGUGUGCUCGGCGACGGCGGACACGCUUAUCAGUCUCAUCCUUGUUGUGUACCUAAGGAAGCAUAAGACAGGAUUUGUUUCGACGGACGACACGAUCAACAAGAUCAUCAGGCUUACUGUUCAGACGGGACUAAUCACAUCGGUAUGGGCCAUCAUAGAUUUGGGUGUUUACUUGGGUGAUUCAACUGGAAACCACCUAAUUUUUAACCUUGCGCUUGCGAAGCUUUACACGAACUCCCUGUUGUCAAGCCUCAACUCGCGAGAGGGGUGGAAGUACACAUCAGCUACGGAGAACAGUGGGCAAGGCAUGGAUCGUAAUGACCCAUCUCGGGCAAAUCCGAGGCCACCUCAGGUUGUCUCCUUUACAACAGCAUCCGUUCGCCCGGAGGUGUUUAUCAACAUCGAGGCGCACGAAAUGCGCGACGUCACGCUCGGUAAGCACGACGGGGUGGUACCUGGUAGCUACCAGUCAUCCGACCUGAACGACAAGGAAGCCCAAGCAUUGUAAUGUCAAAGCUUGGCUGAGCUCUGCUCCUCGUUGCGCGCGUUCAGUGACUUGUAAAGGACCUUUUCCCCCCCUUGGAUUCUAGAUGUUAAUAGUGUAAUCAUGCUCCCUAGUUGCCAUACCUGACUAUGUGUAACCCUGUGAAUUGUAGACUUUAUGUAUUGGUUGAUUUAUCAUUCAUGUU